AUGGACUCCUCGCAUGCUGAGCAGGUGUCUCAACGGGUGUACCCGUAUUAAACCCGUGUUUCUGAGGUUAUUUUAGUCUCAGUUGGGCUAAAACGGGGGAACAACGGGUGUAAGAAAAAAAUGUAACCCAGCUGGGCUAAAGCGGGGUCUCAGUUGGGCUAAAAAGUGCCAAAAGUUCUAUCAGCUGGGCUUAUACGGGUUUAAUACGGGGGCACCCGCGGAGACCCCGUGUUAGCACGGCGGGGUUACCCUGCUCAGCAUGCGAGCUCGAGUAUGUUUCUUUAUUUGUGUUUCUGCAAAACCCAAUGACUAUAGUCUGUUCAGAUUUUGAAUGUCAAGCAGCUAACUCCACCCCCAAGGCUACAAUAUCUUUCGCGUCAAUGUUUUUUCUACAUAUGCCAAUGGCCCUUUAAUAAGGCUGCUUUUUUGACCUCUUUUUCUAUCUUUUAGAUCGAAAAAGAUCACAAUUAGUCCCGCGCGAUGAAACAUCGACGCGAAAAGGUACCGUCUCAGCAGGGGCGGAGUUAGCUGGUUGACAUUCGAAAUCUGAACAGACUAUAGUUCAUGUUUAUGAUGGUAACUUUGACAAAAAACGAAUUUAAAAGAGUUUUCGUUAAAUCGCAAACCGCUACUCCCUGACGUCAUUUCAUGACACCAUUCGUAACAUUAGAAAUAAGCGUAAUCGAAAUAUUUGGCUAUAUAUUCAUUUCUUUCACGUGCACGUGAUUCAGCAGAUUAUUAUUAUCUCAUUUCAUCACGUCGACUGGUCGGUCUCUUUGCCGCUCUCUCAUGGGAUAAUAUUCCGACGCCCGUCGGCCCUGAACAAGCUGGGCGCCGUACUGUUCCAACAUGGUGAAGCAGUUUAUUCGCUGGUCCUACCAACGGGCCCACAUUAUUUCCCAACGCUAGCUGUCACUCCGGGACGUAUUGGACAAAGAUUGUGGACCGUAACCCGCGCCGACGACUAA